UUUUCUUGACACUUUCCAAAAACUUUCUAAAACAAUUAUUUUAAACAGAAAUUUUAUAUUAAAUUGAGUAAUUUUAUUCGUGUUAAAGAAUCGACCAGGAAGAUGGCUGACUUGGAUGAUGAUUUCGAUACUGCCGAAUCUGGUGCAGCAGAUCGUUACCCAGUGCAGUGUUCAGCUUUGCGUAAAAAUGGUUAUGUUAUACUGAAGGGGCGUCCUUGUAAGAUUGUGGACAUGUCAACCUCAAAGACUGGUAAACAUGGUCACGCCAAGGCACAUAUCGUUGGCAUUGAUAUAUUUAAUGGUAAAAAGUACGAAGAUAUUUGCCCCACCUCACACAAUAUGGAUGUGCCCAAUAUUAAGAAAGAGGAGUACCAGUUAACUGAUAUAAGCGAUGAUGGCUACUUGGCAUUGAUGUCUGAUAACGGUGAGCUACGCGAAGACCUGAAAAUACCAGAUGGUGAGCUUGGGGAAUGCUUAAAAUCAGAUUUCAAUAAGGGUUAUGCAGUCGUUUGCAUGGUACUCAAGGCUUGUGGUGAGGAGUGCGUAAUGAGUAGUAAAAUUCAAAAUAAUUAAAGCAACAGCCAGUAGGGAUCUUUCAUUAGUUGUGUUGCGGUGACUUAAACAAUAAAAUUUAUAAAAUUGA